AGAAAAGAGAAGAAGAAGCUGAAGAAGAGGGUAUAGAUUUUCCUCUCCUUCAGAACCCUAACUAACUAGUUAACUAUAUACGAACCCUUGAAAUUUGUGUAACUGUUUUCUUCUAUCACCUGCUUCAUCAGAUCCAAGUCUACGUUCCCCUUUUCGUUCUUAUCUUUUUCAAAAACUUGAGCUGCUUUUGAGCUUUUUCCACUGAUUCAAGCGGAUUGAAGAGGAAGUGAUUGAAUUUAUCUGUGGGUCUUUUCUUUGUCAGCUUUGUUGCGAACUGGAUUCACUUUUGGUCAUGAUGAGUUCAUGAAUGAAAUAUUUAUUUGGGGGUGUUGUAAAAUAUUUUUGUGAUUGUAUAUCAGGGUUGACUUGAUCUGGAACACUAACUAGAUAUGUAUUGGAUGAUGAUUAGCUUUUGUCUAAAUAAUUUAUGCCAACGGCAGGGAUAUAAGGAUUAUGCACUUUGGUGAAUUGUUUGCAAAUCAAUGUAUCAGCUGGCUGGUUGUAGUUUAUAUGUGAAGCUGCUACCGCAUUGAUCGUUAUCAUGUAGGCGAUGAAGUCUUUCCAUAUGAAUAUAGUAAAGUUGCAGUUAUACGAUUAUCAUUGGUGCAGUGAGUGUUUUCGCUACUUGAUAGCAUUCCUCUGAGUAUUGCCUUUUUUGCGGUUGCCUUAUUGUUGGUGUUACGAUAUCAGAGAGUAAAAUGGAAGCAGGGAGAUUGAAUGCUAACCAGCAGCAUGGCUUCCUUCAUCGGUCGCUUCCUGCUGUUAUACCUGUGCUUUUGAUUUCAAUAGGAUAUGUUGACCCUGGAAAGUGGGUGGCAACUGUUGAAGGUGGUGCACGUUUUGGGUUUGAUCUGAUGGCUUUUAUGCUAAUUUUCAAUCUUGCUGCUAUCUUCUGUCAGUAUAUAUCUGCAAGGAUUGGUAUAGUCACUGGAAGAGAUCUUGCUCAGAUUUGCAGCGACGAGUAUGAUACAGGGACAUGCAUGCUUCUUGGGGUUCAAGCAGAGCUUUCAGUGAUUAUACUAGACCUUAACAUGAUCUUGGGAAUGGCACAAGGAUUAAAUCUUAUUUUUGGGUGGGAUUUGUUUACUUGUGUUUUUCUUGCUGCCACCAGCGCUGUGUUUCAUCUACUUCUUGCUGUCCUCCUUGACAUUGAGAAGGCCAAGAUCCUAGGCCAAUAUGUAGCAGGCUUUGUCUUAGUUUUUGUUGUACUUGGAUUACUUAUCAACCGACCAGAAAAUCCAUUAUCUGUGAAUGGAAUACAAAUAAAGCUGAGCGGGGAGAGCGCCUUUGUGCUAAUGAGUCUUCUGGGAGCAACUCUUGUGCCUCACAACUUUUACCUUCAUUCCUCAAUUGUACAGUGGCAUCAGGGACCAACAAACAUUUCUAAGGAUGCCUUAUGUCAUAACCAUUUUUGGGCUAUCUUAUGUGUCUUCAGUUGUCUUUAUUUGGUAAAUAAUGCUUUGAUGAGCACCUCAGCAAAUGAGUUCCACGCUAUGGGCCAUGUUUUGCUUACUUUUCAGGAUGCAUUAUCACCAAUGGAACAGGUGUUGCGUAGCCCAGUAGCUCUGUCUGUUCUUUUUCUCAUUUUGUUUCUUUCCAAUCAAAUGACAGCAUUAAAUUGGGGUUUUGGUGGAGAAGUAGUUGUGCAGAGUUUCCUAAAAUUGGAUAUUCCAGGUUGGCUUCAUUAUGCUACAAUUAGAGUGAUUGCUGUUCUGCCUGCACUUUAUUGUGUUUGGAGUUCAGGAGCUGAAGGAUUGUACCAGCUACUUAUAUUCACUCAGGUUUUGGUCGCUCUGCAACUUCCAUCUUCUGUGAUCCCCCUUUUCCGAGUUGCUACGUCUAGAUCAAUAAUGGGUUUACACAAGAUGUCUCAGUUUGAGGAACUUUUGGCACUGAUCAUAUUUAUUGGUAUGCUUGGCUUGAAUAUUGUCUUUGUUGUUGAAAUGAUGUUUGGCGGUAGUGAUUGGGUGGGUGAUUUGAGAUGGAAUGCAGGGAGUGGUAUGUCUCUUUCGUAUUUAUUUAUUCUUACCAUUGCUUUUGCAUCAUUAAGUUUGAUGGUAUGGUUGGCUGCCACUCCGUUAAAAUCUGCCAGUGUCCAAUUAGAUGCUCAGGCAUGGAACUUGGAUAUGCCAGAGGCUGUGCCAAAUCCAUUAGUCGUUGGUGAGGAAUCAAAUGUUGCUGAAACAAGGUAUCAUGGAGAUGCAGGUGCUCGGCUGAGGGAGCCAACCCCAGCUCCAGCAAGGACCUUGGACUACACAGAUGUACCGGUUCAUUCUACUUUACCUGAAACUGUACUGGAGCCUGAUCUCCAUGUGACUGCUGUAAAGGAGAGUCAAUCUAUUACUUCAUUUCCCAGUUCUCCUAAAGCUCUUACUAAGGAGUUGGCUUACAAAUCAGAGUCAGAAGCAGUAUCAAUGGUAACUGAUGACACUUCUGUUUUUAGAAUGGAAGAUACUGAAACUAUAAAAAUAGAAAGUAAUGCCCCAGUUGAGGAGGUUGGGGAAGAUUCGACUGCUGAAAGGGAUGAUGAUGAUGAUGGAGACUCAUGGGAAAAUGAAGAAUCAUCCAAAGUGGUCUCUGCAAGUCCGUUAUCUACAACAUCAGAUGGCCCUCCGUCAUUCAGGAGUUUUAGUGGGAAGAGUGAAGAAGGUGGGAAUAGCAUUGGAAGUCUCUCAAAAUUAGCAGGCUUAGGGCGUGCAGCAAGACGUCAGCUAGCUGCUAUUCUUGAUGAAUUUUGGGGGCAACUUUAUGAUUUCCAUGGGCAAGCAACCACAGAAGCAAGGGCAAAGAAGCUGGAUGUUUUGAUAGCAAUGGGAUCAGAUUCAAGGCUCACUGGCUCCAUGCAGAAAAUAGAUUCCUUUGGAAAGGAAUAUCCUGAUUAUUUAGCAUCUGUUGGAGGUAGCGGUUCCAAUAGUGUACUCAACUCCAGUCCAUAUGACACCUCCGAUCAGCGUAGGAUGCAAAGUAGCUUGGAGUUCUUCAAUGCAAAGGAAUAUGGUAUUCAAAGGAGUUCUUCAAUGCAUGCGAAUCCCAUUCAAUUAGUAGAUGCGUAUGUACAGAACUCUGGCCGCAAUCUCCUCGAGUCUGGCGAGAGACGCUAUUCGAGUGUGCGUAAUUUGCCUUCAUCUGGUGAUACUGGCGAGAGACGCUAUUCCAGUGUGCGUAAUUUGCCGUCAUCCGAGUCUUGGGAUUAUCAGCCAGCAACAAUACAUGGCUAUCAAACUCCAUCCUAUCUUAACCGGGUUGAUAAAGGGAGAAAUUUGGAUAACUUAAAUGGUCCAAUGGAGUUGUCACAAUUGAAAGCCGCUUCCAUAGCUAAUACAAACUACAGGGAUUCAGUUGCAUAUGCUUUGGCGAAGAAGUUGCACAGUAACGGUUUAGGUGUGGGCCAACCGCCAGGGUUCCAUCAUGUAGCUGCCUCUAGAAAUAGCCAGUUACAAUCUGAGAGGAUCUGUUAUGAUUAUUCGUCUUCUGGACCUGCAGUCAACAUGGCCGGUUCAGGUAAUGCUAAGAAAUACCACAGCUUGCCGGACAUUUCUGGAUAUGCCAUCCCUCACAGGGCUGGUUAUGCAUCCAAUAAGAAUGCUCCAUGGGAUGGUUCCGUUGGCUAUGGAUCUUCUGCGAGUAGGACAUCUUAUGAACCGUCAUUAUACUCAAACUCUGAAUCAAGAGCUGGUGCUCCUUUGGCUUUUGAUGAACUGUCCCCGUCAAAAGUCUAUAGAGAGGUACUCUCUUCACAGCUGAGUUCUGGUUUUGAUACUGCAUCCCUCUGGUCUAGGCAGCCUUUUGAGCAAUUUGGGGUAGCUGACAAAAUUCAUAAUGAUGGAAUGGAAGGUGUCGGAAGUAGGCCUAAUAAUAUUCCCCAAGAAAGUACUGCAUUUGUGGAUAUUGAGAGAAAACUUCUUCAGUCUUUUAGACUAUGCAUUGUGAAGCUCUUAAAAUUGGAGGGGUCAGAUUGGCUGUUUAGCCAGAACGAUGGAGUUGAUGAGGAUCUGAUUGAUCGUGUAGCUGCAAGGGAGAAAUUUGUUUAUGAAAUUGAGACUAGGGAAAUGAAUCCGGGCAACCAUGUGGGUGAAGCUCAUAAAUUUUCUUCUGAUAGGAAAUCUGCUUCUUUGAUGAAGAAUAAUGAGGCGAAUUCCUCUACUUUGUUGGUGUCCUCGGUUCCUAACUGUGGGGAGGGAUGUAUAUGGAGAUCAGAAUUAAUAAUAAGCUUUGGGGUGUGGUGUAUCCAUCGAAUUCUAAAUUUCUCUCUUAUGGAGAGCCGGCCAGAGCUUUGGGGAAAAUACACCUAUGUUCUCAAUCGCCUCCAGGGCAUUGUUGAUCCUGCAUUUUCGAAGCCUCGCAGUCCUUUGGUCCCAUGCUUUUGCCUUCAAGUUCCAGCAUCACAUCAACAGAAGUCCAGCCCUCCACUUUCUAAUGGGAUGAUGCUGCCCCCUACUUCGAAACCAGGCCGUGGAAAAUGCACAACAGCAUCGACGCUUCUUGACCUGAUCAAGGAUGUGGAGAUGGCGAUCUCUUCGCGGAAAGGACGUACAGGAACUGCAGCCGGGGAUGUGGCUUUCCCAAAAGGGAAGGAAAACCUGGCAUCUGUUCUCAAACGGUACAAGCGAAGGCUAUCCAACAAAGCCGUUCUGACUCACGAAGGAACCGGUUUGCGGAAGAUGCCCACUUCGGCACCAUACAACAACUUGUAGUACUUUUGAAUCUAAUAAAAUCAGUGUUCCUUCGGCUAUUUUAUGAGUAUUGUGCAGCAGCUCAUGCUCUAAGAUCACGGAGUGAUCUGUCUCCAUCUGUGUAUCAUAAUCCUUGUAAUGUUAUAUACACAUAGGGCAAAGAAUCUAAUUGUAUUUUCAGCGAAAUCAAAGAAAAAUUGGCUAGA